AUGGCUCAGACCCGUGUACAGCACGAUGCUCGUAACGAAUCCGAACAGCCAACCGAACCCGUACAGGUUCCUGGCGCCUUCAGCAGCCGCGAGGGUCGCACUGCUGUCUCUUCACCGGCCAGUAAUCAGAGCUCAAGAUGCCAGCGAUCGGAGCGAAGAAAAAUUGCAUAUCCUCCCAUGAAAGCCAGGAAAGUCUGCGCCGAGGAGAGCUUCUUUCAGGGAACGACGAUGCAGGCCCCAACGACGGCAGUAAUCAUGCACCCGCGCUCGAUGUUGAUCCGUUUCGGGAACGUGACGCUCAAGUCAUUCGCCGCCGAUGCAGAGUUAGCGGUGGUAUUUUUCCUUGCUGCAUUAGCACCGAGGAAUCAGAAAUCAUGCCAUGAUCAACUUGCGAGAAUCAAGCGUGAAAAUGGACUGGAUCAUGAUCGUUAUAUACUAGGCGCCAUUGGCGUCCUGGAUUCCAAACCAGAACAUGGCAAGAAUAGCACGACAUACAGUCGCAAGGUCUGCGAAAUAGUAUCUGAACGAGGAUCUAAAGCCACCAAGAAAGGAGUGUGGAGUUUAGCGCCAGUGGCACCGUUGGGAACCAUGGGAAUGGCAACACAGCGAAAGUCAUUUUGUCUCUACGAGAAUUCUUAUACAUACUCCGACGCCAAGAAGAAGAAAGCAGGACGUACAGCAGGAAUUGCCUCCUUCCAGCUCAAUCCCACAGUUGAGAUCGAACUCGCCGUCUGCCACGUCCAUGGACUGAUAGUGUCUGUCGCUUAG